AUGCUAGAAUAUGAGCGCAGAUAUAUUAUGAUUGAGCGCCUCUGUUUGGCAUUGGUUUGGGCCACUAGGAGGCUGAGACACUAUGUGACAGAGUAUUCCAUAUUAUUGAAAUCAGUGAAGGGAAGUAUUGUUGUAGAUCAUUUGGCUUCUUUGCCAGUAUUCGAUGAUAGACUGAUCGACGACGAUUUCCCAGAUGAGCAGUUUGUUUCAGUGACUAGUAUUGCAGGAUGGCAGUUGUACUUUGAUGGUGCCGCCAAUCAGUCGGGGUUUGGCAUUGGUAUCCUAUUGAUAUCACCACAGGGUGAUCAUAUUCCCAGAUCAAUUCGGUUGACAUUUUCUGAUGAUCAUCGGCUGACGAAUAAUAUUGUUGAGUAUGAGGCAUGCAUUAUAGGUUUAGAGCCUGCACUAGAUCUUGGAGUUAGAAAGUUGGAGAUCCAUAGGGAUUCCAACUUGGUUAUUCAGUUUGAUGAGUUGAGAUAUAUACACCUACCCAGAGCAGAGAAUCAGUUUGUUGACACUUUAGCCACCUUAGCUUCUAUGAUUGAGAUCCCUGCGGGGGAGGAGCUACCCUGGUAUCAUGACAUUUAUCAUUUUCUGGCAUGUGGCACACAUCCUAAGGCUUCUACAGCCAAGGAUAAGAGAGCGUUGAGGCAGUUGGCCACCAGAUUUGUCAUUUGCGGGGAUGCACUUUAUAGGAGAUCGCCCGAUGGCCUAUUAUUAUUAUGUCUAGACUGCGCCUAUGUAGAUAGAGUGAUGAGAGAGGUCCAUGCAGGAGUCUGUGGCCCACACAUGGGAGGACACAUGCUAGCCCACAAGAUUAUGAGGACUGGCUACUUUUGGUUGACCAUGGAGACAGAAUGUUGCCAGUUUGUACAGAGAUGUCCAAAGUGUCAGAUGCAAGGUGAUCUCAUUAACAUGCCACCUUCGGAGUUGCAUGCACUCACAUCCCCUUGGUCAUUUUCAGUAUGGGGUAUUGAUAUUAUUAGGAAGAUCUCGCCCAAGUCCUCCAAUGGUCAUGAGUACAUCUUAGUUGCCAUUGAUUAUUUCACCAAGUGGGUGGAAGGUGCUUCCUAUGCUAGAUAG